GUGUGGUUCACCCCGGCAUAUUAUUAAAUGCCAUCGGAAACCUCCAGCGUGAAUUAACAUGGUAAAGUAAUAAUAGCGUUUCUAUAGACUGUUAACAAUUAAGUCGUUAUUUAGUUUUUUCAAUUUGUAUAUACAUGCAUUGUAUAUAAGAAAACACCUUGUUAUUUUUGUGUAUGGAAGCUCAUGGACAUACAAUGAGACUGCUUAUUUCUCUCGCACCAAUUUCGGAAGUCCAUUGGGAUGAUUGAGGAAAUUUACAGCGAUAGGGAUCCAGAUGGCGAGCGCACCAUCCAGGGCGCUCUCCAGAGUCAUCGAUUUGAAGGUCUUUCAGAAACCCCUCAUACCGCAUGUGAUUUAUUAGAUUGAAACCGACAUGUUUGAGCGAUGCCCAGGAAGCUUUUCGGCCUUCGACGCGAGGAAAAGGUAAAAAGACGCUGUCCUUUUUUUUCAUCGGUAUUCUGCUGAUAAUUAAUUUAUGUGUGCUGUGGUUCGGUUAUAAAUUGGUGCAAUCAAUGGGAAAAUGUAGGGUACGGUAUUGAAAAGGACUCUAGUGUCGAUGCCUGGAUAGCAUUCUACACUUAGUUUCUUGCUUUUCAAGACAUCUUUUGAUAUUCAAGCAGACAUUCAAUCGUAUUUAUCAAAUCUGACCCACUUAUGUGGUACAGCGCAAACGCGUGUUUUCCUUAUUUCCUUCCAUGAAACUCAAAGUGACCACAUAGAUCUGGUUGAGUUUAUCAUUUUCUUGGCCCCGUGAUCCUUAUGUGUGUGAAGGUUCCCUUCACGAGAGUAUUGAUAGUAAAAUGCCAUGGGUCUGUAAAAAUGUGCAGUAAGGAGAAUAGCGGUACUCUAAUUCGUAAAUCUACACUUUUCUUCUUAGUAUUAUGGCCAUAUUUACCCAUCUACAAUAUGGCAAAGUCAGGGUUCAUUAUGAUCGUAAAGGCGCGCACGUUGCUUGCGAGUUCAGUCUGUGUUUAGGAGGGGAAAGAAAAGUGUUUCGGGUUGGUAAUUGGUAUACCACCUAGAACUCACCCAAAAAGGUAAGGAUAGAUAGGGUUAUAUAUAAGCUUGGUUUGCUUGUGCAAAUGCCUUUAUAUAUAUAUAUAUAUAUAUAUUGCACGGUUUAGCCUUUCUGAGAGUUUUUAUAUAUUUUUUUGAUUGCUUUUUAGCCGUUUUCUAACCAGUGACAGCAUUUGAAAAGUAAAGAGAUCCAGUUUUGUGACAUCUCGACUCCCAUCAGGAAAGGAUGAAACCCAUCCAAGACAAACAUGAUUCCCAAAUUUCGACAUUGCGAAACGUUCAGCUUUUAUUUAGUUUCUUUCUGAUAGGGGAAAACAAACAAACCAAGCAAAAAAUCCGAGCAGGUCCUCAUCACAACGACACACUCUUCCGGAGUAAACCCUAUCGGCCGUGAUGCCCAUCUCUCGCGAGGCUCGAGAGCAGUGGGGGCACAUCGUCGAUGCGGUUGCGGGGGUGGAUUCUACCAAACCCUUGCCGCGGCAGUAUGUUUCGACCCAAUACCUGCCCGAUAAUGCCCCACUCCCGCCAGAGCUGAUUCGCGUCCUCCAUGAGGAAGACGGCGACUUUGACAGCGAGGCCGCGGAAUGGUUUAAGCAGCAAAUCAGCGACGACGAAACCUUCUACGCGCGGCCGCUCCGGCCGACCUUCACGCGCGAUACGGCCACCAUCAUCGCGGCUGGGAAGGAGGAGGGUGAUCACCCCGACAGUGCGGCGAAGGAAGGGCCGGAUUUUUACCGCGUCUAUCGUUGCAUGGGCGGGGGCGGGAGCAACGCGGUGCGCGCGAACCCCACGUCCGGGGUCCCCUCACAGCUCACCUCGGGCUUUAUAGACCGUCAGCGUUAUGCGCUAACGCACCGCCAGCCCGACUUUAUGCCGAUUAUACUCGUACCCUCCUCAAUCACCUCCCCAUUGCAGCUCCUCAACAUCAAAAGCUUUCUCGAGGAAGGGAACUAUAUUGAUCCGCCGACGCUCUUCGUGGAUGCGGAGACCGGGAUUGCGAAUAUCCAGGACACCAAGCCCGACUCCGUGAUCGUCUCCCCAGGGCCUUUUUUAGACAAGGAGAAGUACACGGUGGUGUUUAGCUACUUUCGCAUUUUGGAUAACCCGGAUAAGGUUGACAACUGGGAGCACGUCUGCGCUUGCGUCGUGGAUGGCAAGGAAUGGCAGUUGGAGAAGUACUUCCCGGGCGAACUAUCGGCGCGGCAGCCGAGUGAAUUGUUUUCGCGCGUGCGCGGUUUUCUGCCCUAUUUCGAGGAGGAUAAAAUCCCCAAGGCGCUGCGGCAGUGGCGUGUGCAGCCUCUUGUCCUGUCGCGGCGUUUGUUGAAAAAGCAGCAGCACAUCAAACAGGCUUUUGUGUUUUGGGAGCAGCUGUACUUGUUUUUAGAUGAACAUCCAAUGUUUAAGCUCUACAACACUACCUUAGACGAAUGA